AUCAUGUGACCCCUUGUCCCUCUGAAUGAAGGUUACUUGAAAAUCAAAGAAGGGUUUGACACACUUUUUGGCUAUAUAAGGAGCAAUUUAACUGUUGCGAACAACCAACACUCAGCCAAAAUUGUUGCACUGAUAUGCUGUUUGCUUGGCUCUUCUUUUCAAAGAACUUUAAGAAAAGCUACAACUAUUAGCUUAAAAGAAAUCAUACCUAGAACCUGUGAUGAUGGUCGGAUAUUUGGUCUAGAAUAGGUCAAAAACAAAUGAAGUUCAGUAUUUACUGAUGAGCUUGAAUCAACUGCUCUUUAAUUUAUUAAUUUCUUCUUCUGUAACAUUCCAAACUUCUACUGGUAUUUUUUUAGUAUUAUAAUCACAACUGAUCAGCGGAAUUUGAAGCAACAAGAACACUACAACUCUUUUACAAAUCUAUUGAAUCCCAAGAUUGCCUGAAUUAUAGGAAAAAAGAAGCAAAAACUCUCAAUGAAAUUUUGUACUACUCAUCAACUGAAGAUCCCUAAGGCUUACAACGGUUGUUGGAAAACCAAUCACACUGAUUGGACCAACCAAAAGUGAUUGGUUGUGGUCGGUUUCUUUGAUAGUUUCAGCUUUGUAAUGUAUACAAAGUCAAUUAUUGGUUUGGCUUUGAUUCUCUGGCUUGGGAGACUGAAUAACCGAGACCGACUAAUUGGAAUGUAUACGUGUGGUGCACAGUUACGAUUUCACUCACCCACAUGUGAUCAAAACUUUAUAACCUAAGGUCCUAAUCCUCAAAUUGAAUUCUUCAAGUCUUUCUCCCUAAGGAAGAUUGAAUCACCAUUUCUAAGGCAACCAACCCUUAUCCUUCUCUGUCUCUCUCUCUCUCUCUCAGUUCAAUGUCUUCAAAGUGGACACACUCACAAUUUUGUUUAUGUAGAUGUGUAUCAUUUUAACUCCUUAGAAUGCCCUGAUUGAAGCAUGACACUCGCAUCCCUCUUCCUCUCCCAUCACAUGACAUACACUACUUUUAGUACCCUGUUGCAGGCUAAUUAUUUGCAUGCCCCAAGGUCUGGUAUUGGAGCUUCCUUACUAAAGGCCAGCCAUUUCACAUCUCCCUCAGGGAUAGUCAGUUUAAGAACUGCAAAGGGCAAGAAAUGGGGAGUACUCCUUUUAGUUGCAAAUGGUGAUGAUGUUGCGACAGACAUUAGUGAUAAGGGUUCUGAAAAUGCUGAAAGAUCAGAUUCUGAUGAUCGCUCUUCAGCGGUGACUCUUCCAUCCUUGGACUCUCCAAUAAGAAAUAGCCAGUUUCAAACUAGUACUGAAACUGAGUCAGGACCUCAGAUUUCUGAGGAUGUGAAUGGAUCUGUUAUUUCCAAGAAUGCUUCUUCUGUCAGCUUAAAAUCUGGGCUGAAAAGGUCACCAUUAACAGCAAGAGAGAAACUAAGGGCAGCCCGUGUUCUCAGCCGUUACACAGAAUCAAAGGCAUCUAAGGCAUCUAAAUCGGAACUUGGCAGCAAUGUUUUGGAGGCUCUGAGAGAAAGCGAUCGAGGGAAAAAGAAAUCUCGCCUUCCUGAAGCCCCUACAAACUUGUUUGAUGAUAGCAAACGAGGGAUGCCAAAACCAGGCCUGACUUUCGAGUUUCCAGGGGGUUUCGAUGCUUUUAUCAUCUUAGUUUCAUUUGUUACUAUCAGCAGCCUGAUGUUUGCCACGACUUACAUUGUGUGGAAAGUUGGUGCUAUCCAUUUCAAUGAGUACUAAGCUCAAUAGAGACAAGGUUUUGUCUUUCUGGUAAGCAACCGAACUCCUUGAUACGCUGAUGCUAAAGAACAAGCAAUUUCAAUUUUAGUAUUUUUGGGUAUUUACAGAUGCUUUUCGUUCUUACUGGUAGGGAUUUAAUCUCUUCUUUCAGUCCCAAGUAUAAUUGAUUGUACAAAUGUUAGCCUUGGCCAAAAAUUAUGUCAGUUUUGCCCAUUAUUCUGCUUGCUAUAUUUUUUAAUAGCUUCAUUGAAUUGAAUUAUGAUAAAUGCGAACUCAUGAACCUAGAACUGGAAUGGUUUA